UCAAUAAAUAUUGCCAAUAGCAUAUGUGUUAUUCUAUUUUAAGCAGUUUCAAGGCGCUAAAUUAAUCUGGGGCUGCAGCACUCAGAACCGCCAGCUUUCUUCACUUUCACAUGCAAACGUAAUACCCGAGUAACAUGUUGUUCUGAAACAAGGUGGCAACCAUGCGCAUGUUCUUUAUGAUUUUCACAAUAGCCGAGCGAAGUUUCAAGAUUCCAGAUCUGCCCGCCGCCUCAACGAUCCUGCUGCGCCGCCCGUGCCACAACUACGGCUACGACUACAGCAGCCCCGCCACGCACAUAGAGCUCAGUCGGGAGGCCACCCGCCUGCUGAUCCGCCGCCUGCAGCGCACCGUUCUCCGCCUGAUCCGCGACCCGGACUUCAGCAUGUCCGCCGAGGCGAAUCCCGAAACGGAGAGGGAGUCAUCCUUCGGGGCGAACCGCAAGGGAGCCGGAGCUGCUGGAGCCGCCUCCUCCUCCGGCAAGCAGGACUCCAACUGCCGCACCUGCAACGACUUCAAGUCCUGGUCCAAGCAGCAGCGCCUCAUCUCCAGCGUGCAGAGCGCCAAGGUAAAGCACAUGGCCACCGCCGAGAAGCUGACUGUUAACGCCGCCGCCCAGGAGCCGCUGCCCCGCGACGACUGCCCGCUGGACAAGGUGCGGCUGGGCAUCUCCACCUGGGGCCUGCUCCACACCAUGGCCGCCUUCUACUCGGACAAUCCCACGGACACCGAGAAGCGCGACAUGAAGACCUUCUUCGAGGUGCUCUCCCGCCUCUAUCCCUGCGAGUUCUGCGCCAAGGACUUUCGCACCGACCUGGAUGUCAACCCCAUCAACGUGAACUCGCAGAAGGAGCUGGCCAUGUGGCUGUGCAAGUUCCACAACCGGGUGAACGACAAGCUCGGCAAGCCGCUCUUCGACUGCACCAAGGUGAACGAGCGGUGGCGCGACGGCUGGCUGGAUGGCUCCUGCGACUAGGCGCCGCCCCAUCUCGCCGAGAAUCGGUUGCCAUGUUGACCAGACUUGUCCCCCACAUUGCUCGGCAUGCCCAUCGGUUACUCUGUGCCUCUGUUCCUGGCCAGAAGCCUCUUCGGUCGCAGUCUGCGUCGGAAUCUGCGUGACAUCUAAUUGAGUUAUAUAUUGUAAUAGAGCGACACAUCGAUGGUCCAUUGUUAAAUGCUUUGCUGGCUAUGAACUCUCAGAGAAUACACACACAUUUUGUUGAA